GGAGGAGUCCGCGACAGAGCAUCCAUGGUGGCUGGAGGCGGGGAGCCCGGGCUAGGGGGACCUGCUGGAUGCACCCCCCCUGGCAGCAUGCGCCCCGAGGCAGCCAGGCAGCAGGGCCGGGGAAACACAGAUGAGGUGCUGACAGGAAUGAUCCAGGGGUCUGUUUCCCAAUGGCGUCCUCACAGCCCCUGGAACUGACGGUCUUGGGGAAUGGACCGGGGCCCAGCCAGAGAGCCCCGCCAGGGGGGCCUGCAUCACCGUGGACGGCUGCCAGUUCGGGCAUUGAGAAUAUCUCCUACGAGGGGGAGGAGGAAGAGGAAGAAGAGGAGGCAGAGACCUCCUUCCCUAAUGGCCACGGCUCCGCCAGCAGUCCCAGGGAGCCUCCAGCACCCCCAAGGGGAGACCUCUCUCCCAGAUCAGAGGAUGGUCCUCCGUCAGAUGCGACCGGGAAUUCUGUGGACUACGGCUUCAUUUCGGCUUUGGUCUUCUUAGUGGGCGGGAUUUUGCUGGUGAUCGUGGCUUACAGCAUCCCGCGAGAGGCCAGGGUCGACCCGGACACUGUGUCUGCCCGGGAGAUGGAGAGGCUGGAGAUGUACUAUGCGCGCCUGGGUUCCCGCUUGGACAAGUGCAUCAUCGCGGGCUUGGGUUUCUUGACCUUGGGGGGCAUGCUUCUGUCCAUGCUCCUGAUGGUCUCCAUCUAUAAAGGGGAGCUGUACCGGAGAAGGACCUUCCCGGCCUCCAGAGCUCCCAGGAAGACCUACGGAUCUAUAAACCUGAGGAUGAGGCAGUUGAAUGGAGAAGGGGGGCAAACGCUGGUGGAGAAUGAGGUCGUUCAGGUGAUGGAAGCAGCUCCCAUCAGCCAGAACUGCUGACGUU